CUUUGAUUCUUGUCUGUUAUCUCUGCAAAUGUACGCGCAGUUCAUUUUCUUGCUUUGUUUCAAUUAUUUUUGCUUGGAUCCUUUAUAAUGCUUUCUGUUUUCUGUAAAGUAAAGAUCUUUGACGACCGCAUUUUCUUUCUUUAUAUUGUAUGGCAGUGUUAGUUUUCAUUGUAUGCUUCAGUUCUACUUCAGGCACUAAUGAUGAUCUAUUCCUUACGCAAGGACAAGAGGAUUAUUGGGUUUGAUUACCUAAAGUCUAGGAGCUCAUUACUAUUCAUCUUCAGUCAAAAUGUGUGUGUCAAAAUAAGGCUUCGUGUGACACUCCCAGUUCUCAAUGUUUUUGGUUCUGUAGUUCCAGUCAUGAGCGAUCCCUGUAUUACUUCCAUGGCAUUGAUAAAGUCGGGAUCUUUUUUGGCAUAUGUUCUUUUUUUUCUGGUUAAUAUUAUAUUAAUCUGUUCUGUAUGUUAAAACAAGGCUUUCUAUCACAGGAAUCCCAAUUUGAUGAUUCUGUUUAGUUGCACUGUUUUUCCCAUUUCUGACAGAAUCUUACUCAAAUACAUAAAAUUCUUGUUUGCAGCUUAGCUUCAAAUUAAAUGGAGACCUUCUUGUUCACUUCCGAAUCAGUCAAUGAGGGACACCCCGAUAAGCUCUGUGACCAGAUUUCAGAUGCAGUUCUUGAUGCCUGUUUGGCUCAAGACCCCGAGAGCAAGGUCGCUUGUGAGACCUGUACCAAGACCAACAUGGUUAUGGUCUUUGGUGAGAUCACCACUAAAGGUCAAGUAGACUACGAGAAGGUUGUGCGCGACACCUGCCGUUCCAUUGGAUUCACAUCGGAUGCUGUCGGUUUGGAUGCUGACAACUGCAAAGUUCUCAUGAACAUUGAACAGCAGAGCCCUGAUAUUGCGCAGGGUGUCCACGGUCAUCUCACUAAGCGCCCCCAGGAAAUUGGUGCUGGUGAUCAGGGACACAUGUUUGGUUAUGCCACCGAUGAGACCCCUGAAUUGAUGCCCCUCAGUCAUGUUCUUGCAACCAAGCUUGGAGCUCGCCUCACUGAGGUUCGCAAAAAUGGAACUUGCCCUUGGCUUCGACCAGAUGGUAAAACACAAGUUACAGUUGAGUAUUACAAUGAGCACGGUGCCAUGGUUCCCCUUAGGGUUCAUACUGUCUUGAUCUCCACUCAGCAUGACGAGACCGUUACCAAUGAUGAGAUUGCUGCUGAUUUGAAAGAGCAUGUCAUUAAGCCUGUGAUCUCCGAGAAGUACUUGGAUGAGAAGACUAUUUUCCACCUGAACCCUUCUGGCCGGUUUGUCAUCGGUGGACCCCAUGGCGAUGCUGGUCUCACUGGCCGCAAGAUCAUCAUCGACACUUAUGGAGGAUGGGGUGCUCAUGGUGGCGGUGCAUUCUCUGGAAAGGAUCCAACUAAGGUGGACAGGAGCGGAGCUUACAUUGUCAGGCAAGCUGCAAAGAGCAUUGUUGCCAAUGGACUAGCUAGGAGGUGCAUUGUGCAAGUAUCUUACGCCAUUGGUGUCCCAGAACCCUUGUCUGUCUUUGUGGAUACAUAUGGAACUGGAAAGAUCCCUGACAAAGAAAUUCUCGAGAUUGUAAAGGAGAACUUUGAUUUCAGGCCCGGAAUGAUUGCUAUUAACCUGGACCUCAACAGAGGGGGUAACAAUAGGUUCCUGAAGACUGCUGCCUAUGGGCAUUUUGGCCGAGAUGACCCGGACUUCACCUGGGAAGUGGUGAAGCCUCUUAAAUGGGAUAAGCCUCGAGCCUGA